CAGUCGAGCCGUGAUAUCCGUAGCGCGCGUACUUACACACGAAAUAUCGCUGUAUAGUUUACUAUAUAUACGUACAUACAAAAAAAAAAUAUAUAUAUACACAUAAAUAUAUAUAUAUAUAUAUAUGUGUGUGUGUGUAUAUAUACGCACAUACAAAUACCGAAUAACCGUAUCGUCUCUCCCGAAUCUCCCUAGUCUCGAUAGUUGUAAAAAAAGAAGCUAAAAACAGACAAUAAAAUUUUUUUCAAAUAAAUAAAUAAAAAAAAAAAAACAAACAAUAGCACGCAUCUAAUCAUCUCGUUAUCUAAAUCACUGUUUAACUGCCGUUGAAUGUUUUUCUUCAACGCAUAACAAAUUCUCUCUGUUUCAACGAGAGUGACUCUUCGACUGUCACCUUGAUAAUAACUGUCUGAAGUAACGUACGACGAAGACAUCGACGAAGACGAAGACGACAGUUGAACUUAAUGAAUAAAUAAAUAAAGUAUUAAUUUGAGAAAAGAAAAAGCCGCGCGUAAACGUGAAACGCGGCUCAUUCUCGAAUCGCUAGAUUCGAAGAAAACUUCUCCGCUGGGGUGGACAGGUAUUGUCAUUAUUCGGUAAAUUUGGACGUCGCUAACGCGCGUAAACAUUAACGAAACGUGUUCCUACGCAUCGUGGAACGUCGUACCGCGGCCGUAUUGUAAAAAUAAUAAAAACAUAAUUGCAAUGUGUGAUAAUACUAACACGACGACGCAAAGUAUAGCGGACUAUCUUUCACAGUUACUAAAAGAUAGGAAGCAAUUAGCCGCUUUCCCUAACGUCUUCAUACACGUAGAACGCCUACUAGAUGAAGAAAUUGCGAAGGUUCGAGCGAGCCUCUUCCAGAUCAGUGGAGUAAAAAAGGAACCCCUGAUAUUGCCAGAACCAGAGGGAGAUGUCACAACACUCACAGAAAAGGUCUAUGUGCCGGUCAAAGAACACCCAGACUUCAACUUCGUCGGGAGGAUUCUGGGACCACGUGGUAUGACGGCUAAGCAGCUCGAACAAGAGACUGGAUGCAAAAUCAUGGUUCGAGGAAAAGGUUCAAUGCGAGAUAAAAAGAAGGAGGAACAGAACAGAGGUAAACCAAAUUGGGAACACCUAACAGACGAGCUACACGUUUUACUGACGGUAGAAGAUACCGAGAAUCGAGCAACCCUCAAACUCGCACGUGCCGUUCAAGAAGUCAAGAAGCUACUCGUACCCGUGCAGGCCGAUGGUGAGGACGAGCUGAAGAAAAGGCAGCUCAUGGAGCUUGCCAUAAUAAACGGAACGUAUCGCGACUCCAACACGAAGGUUGCGGCUGCUGCAGUUUUUGACAUCGCAGCUUGCGACGAGGAAUGGAGGCGCGUCGCGCAAGCGGCCGCCGAGACGCAGCGUCUUCUCCCCGGCCUGACUGCCCCGAUGAGGAAUCCCAGCACGCCAUUGGGAGCGCCGCUGAUCCUAUCCCCGAGGAUAUCGGUCCCGACUACCGCAGCCUCCCUCCUUAACGGAUCGGGACCGCCGGGGUCCUUGCUGUCCGCGGGAGAUCCUCACGGACUAAUUUACACUCCAUACGCGGAUUACGCGAACUACGCAGCGCUCGCAGCAUCGCCACUCCUCACCGAGUACGCUACAGCUGACCAUUCUGGUGCAGCAGCCGCUGCCAAGCAGCGUAGGCACCUGGGUCAGAUUCGCGAGCACCCUUAUCAAAGGGCUGGCGCUCUCUCGUGAAUACAGAGUACUCUAUUUCGCCUCCGCGGAAAGGCUUGGAGUGCUAACAAUGGAAUCCACUCGCCCCGUGCUAACACCUGGACUCUGGAAGAGCAUCCGCGUACGAUUGAUUCGUCAGACAGCCGACCACCUUCGCCGCCCGCGUCACCAGCCCUGUUCGUCGAGCCUAUAUCUAUCCUGCAUCCUAUCCGUGUCUCAGAUUUUGUACUUUUUAGUUCCAAGUUGGAAUCUGAUAUAAAUUUUCGCAACCCUGGAUGCAACUACCAAUAUUCACAGAACAUUUUCUGAUUCUCUGAUUCUUUGUUUCUUUGUUUUUGCAUCCGCGUUGCAUUAAAUAUAUUGGAUAUUUCUAAUCUUGAAAGACAAUAACGAAGACACUGCUGUAAAUCUUUAUAGCACUCGUUUAAUAUCAAUAUUACACUAGCAUGUGUAUGCGAAAGAAAAUAUUCAAAUAUUGUAUAGCGCAUCGUAAAGUCACUCGCGCGUAUAACGAUCGCAGGUGUGAUUUUCUUCAUCUUUUCAACUUCAGUACAUUAUAAGGCAAAUCGAAGCUUAAUUGCUUUUGUCAAUUAUAUCAUUGACUGCGUACUGACACAGUCCAUAGCUUGUGAUUUUUUUUAUUUUUCUUUACAUGAUUUAUCAUGAAAUGUAUUCAAUUCACCAAAUAUUUGGGGUCGAAAAAUCUUAAACCCCAUCUUUGCUGCAGUAACUUGGGCGAUCCAAAAGCAGCAAGUCUCGCUGCAGUAAUUUUAAUUUCUAUCAUUCAUUUCACAAUUUCUAGAAAUCGCUUGCUAGGGUUGUACAUAAUUUAUUACCCUGUGUACACUCAGCGUACUUACAGAGUCGCAGUAACAUCUUAAGUUGUGUG